AUAAAGAGGGGCUCCUCCGAGUACCAGGACCAGGCUCAGGCCGCAUCGACACUCUCCCGCACCACCGCUGCGGCUCACGGCUACGCAGCUCGAGUUCUCCUCUCCCAUCUACUCGGACCAGAGGUUGCUCACCGGCUGACUCCGCUAGGCCUUGGCCCGAUCGCCGCUUCGUCCGUCCUCCCGCGGGGGCUCCCUCCCUCCCUCCCUCCGCCGCGAUGUCCGACCGGAGCUCGCCGAUGGCGCCGUCGUUCUUUCCCUUUGGGCCGCAGCCCGAUGCGUGGGACGUCACCUUCAAGGUCAAAUAUGGUGACACACUUAAGAGGUUUUAUGGCUACGUGAAUGGAACAAGUCUUGACAUUAAUUUAUCUGCUCUACGGGCAAAGAUAGCCAGUGCCUUUAAGUUUGGUCCUGAUGCUGGCUUUAUUCUGACUUACACCGAUGAGGAUGGUGAUGUUGUCAUGCUAGAUGAUGAUGAUGAUUUGCGUGAUGCAGCUCUGCAUCAGAAAUUAAACCCUCUAAGGAUUAAUGUUCAAUUAAAUAGCAGUCACCUGACUGAACAACAAGACACAAAUUCUGCACCUGUGAAGCCCACUGCUCGGGAUCCAUUAUCCCAGAUAAUGUCUGCUAUUGAAGCUUUGAAGCCCACUGCUCAGGAAGAAUGUCUGGCUCAAAUAAAAUCAGUUGUUGGUGAAGCUAUCAAGUCUACCCCAGAGCCAAUUCUUGAUACCCUUGCGGAACUUUCUCAUGAAUUACUUGAUGCAGCGCCACCACCAUUAGCUGAGCUGAUAAAACCUUUACUACAAUUGAUAACACCAAGCGACAGCAGUAAUGGACCAUCUGAUGUGCAUGCUGAUGGGUCAUCCAGCUCUUUGAGUGUGGUGACACAGUCACAGAUGCCUGCCACUGCUAAAUAUGAACCCAAUGGUAGGGCAAGUUUUGGUGCACGGUCCGUGAAUGUGCAGAAAUCUGAAUCAUAUGAGGCAAGAGGUCUUAGGAGCGUGUUAGAUGAGGCUGCUGCUGCCCCUGCUCCUGCUCCUAAUUCUGGCGCUUCUCAAUUUCAACAGCCAUCGCUCUACCCCUCUGUUGAGGAGUUGCUGUUCCCAACAAAUUCAGUUGACAAAUCAGUUUGCAAGGGGAAGAUUGAUGCUGAAAGUAAGGGAAAAUCUGUUAUAUCCUCUGCUACAAAACCUGCCCCUCCUCUUCCCCCACCUCCACCGCCUCCAUCCACUUCUGUAUGGUUCCAGCAGCAAAGAUGCCAACCACAUCCAUGGCAGCCUGAAGCUAAUGCGAAAUCUACUGGUGAUACAAGAUGGCGCAUUCCAAUGUAUAAAGUGCCCUAUGCACCACCUGCACCAUUGCCUCGUACACCUCCAGGCUAUGGACAUUCUCCACGUUUUCCUUAUCCAGGUUGCCUCUUGUCUUCUGGGCAUCUGUAUGGUGAUCUUGGUAAUAACACAGAGAACCCAGCACCACACAGUCUCCAUAGGUGGAUUCAGUGUGAUGGUUGUGGAGUGCAACCAAUUGUUGGUCCACGUUACAAAUCUAAUGUGAAAGAAGAUUAUGAUUUGUGUGAUUCCUGUUUCCAGCGCAUGGGCAAUGAGGUGGAGUACACCAAAAUAGACAAACCUAUUUUACCACGCAGGUUAUUGAGAGACUCUCAUGCGUACCGAAAGGUGCACCCACCCCGGGUUCUGAUGAAGUCAAAACGGGAGAAGCUCGAAAGCCGCUUCAUUUUGGAUGUAACUGUCCUGGAUGGAACACUGAUGGCACCUUCUACUCCGUUUACUAAGAUUUGGCGCAUGCAUAACAAUGGGCCUAUCAUGUGGCCGAUGGGCACACAGCUUAUCUGGGUUGGUGGAGAUCAGUUUGCAUUGCAGACCUCUGUCCCUUUAGAGAUUGCAGUGAAUGGGUUUCCUGUGGAUAAGGAGAUUGACAUUGCUGUUGAUUUUGUGGCACCUGCAAGGCCGGGGAGGUACAUAUCUUACUGGAGGUUGGCGUCGCCUUCUGGUCAGAAAUUUGGUCAGCGAGUUUGGGUUCAUAUCCAGGUGGAAGACCCUUCUUUUGUCAGUGAUAGUAACAGGAAUGCUGCUAUUAACUUGAAUCUGCCUCCAGAAAGUGACUGUACAAACAUUACUAAUUUAAUGGAUGUGAACAUGGAGCCUGUCGAUUCAGCCCUUAGCGCGCACAUCAAACACAUUAAAGAAGUCCGUUUCCAUCCAUUUGAAGCCUCUGAGCCCAAGAAACCUCAGCCUGCUCCAUGCGUUGUUCCCUUUGUGUCGGUAGCAGCUCCUGCAAACCCUGUGGUUGAUGUCCCCAUGUCCACUGCAACUGCUGCUGCUUUUAUGCCUUCUGUUAAUGUGCCUGUACCUGAGGUUGCUAUGCCGGCUGUACCCUCACCUGUUAAUGUGCCCAUCAUGCCUACACCUAUGCCUGUAAAUGUGCUUGCAUCGGCACCUGCUUCUGCAUCUGUAUCUGCGCCUGCACCUACAGAUGCAGCGGCACCUGAGCCUUUCGACAUUGAUGGUCACAAUGAGGAGAAGCUGCUGAGGGAGCUGGAUGAAAUGGGCUUCAGGCAGAUCGAUCUGAACAAGGAAAUCCUCAGGCAGAACAACUACAACCUGGAGCAGUCUGUUGAUGAUCUCUGUGGCGUCAAUGAAUGGGAUCCACUCCUUGCAGAGCUGGAGGAGAUGGGCUUUGAUGAUACCGAGAUGAACAAGGAGCUGCUCGCGAAGAAUGGAGGAAGCAUCAAGCGAGCUGUGAUGGACCUCAUCGCCAGGGAGAAGGACAAGUGAAGAUCGUGUGAUUGUGAGCACAUAAUUAUCUAGAUCUAAGUAUAUAUGCGUAAAUAAUAACAACUGUACCUCUGUGGUGCUGCUCUAGUAUCUCAGAACUUUGCUUAUGAACUGCUGGUGUGAUGCGACCUCCGUUAUAUUUGUCGCGUGUGGUGCGUCCAGUGUCGAUGAACUUCUAGUACCUGCGCGUGUGCGCUGCAGAAAAGCAGUACCUUGGUAGGUUAACUGCGUUUGUUACUAUUACUAGCUGUUAUACCUUCUAUCCGUUACUGUAAUAUGCGAACUUAGUAUGUCUAUGGAUCUAUGUUUUCAUA